UCUGGCUCUGGCUCUCUGCUGACGUCUGACGUAAAGCAAAGCGAAAGCCGCUGAUGCGGUGCUUUGUUUGUGAAUUUAGUACACUUUAUCAACAUAAAUAAUGUUAUCAUUUCGCUACUAGCGUCGAGCUCAGGCGAGCGUUGUGCAUUGAGAAAAAAUUACGAAGUGUUUUUGUGACAAUAAGAUGCCUUUUGUUAACAUAAAGAAGCAAUACUUAGCAUUCGGGAUGCUGAUAUUCGUAUUGUUAUUUUUCUUCAAUAGCAAACCAGCUUUUCAAUGCCAGUUCAAUCCAGAAGUGUCUGUUUAUCUCCCAACUAUUUAUGGUAUUACUCCGACGUACUCAAGACUUGCACAAAAAGCGGAUCUUACAAGAUUAUCACAAACGCUGAUGCUUGUGAAGAACUUUCACUGGAUUGUUAUUGAGGACGCUGACACUAAGACUAAGCUAGUAGAGAACCUACUGAAGGAAUCCACAUUAAAGUAUACACAUCUGAAUAUAAAAACAGCUAAAGUCAAACAUUCAUCGGCUAGUGGUGUUGAGCAAAGGAAUUAUGCUCUGGACUGGUUGCGGCAGCAUUUAAAAGAGACUGACAACAAAAGAGGUGUAGUGUACUUCAUGGAUGAUGACAAUACAUACUCGUUGAAGGUGUUUGAUGAGAUGCGUAAAAUCAACAAAGUCGGCGUGUGGCCAGUAGGCAUCGUGGGUGGAAUGCGAGUCGAGAUGCCACUGGUGAAAGACGGCAAGGUGUCCGGCUAUAACGCGGUGUGGAAGCCAUUCAGACCAUUCCCUAUAGACAUGGCCGGGUUUGCCAUCAACGCCACUCUGUUCUUGGACAAACCAUCAGCCAAGUUCUCGAGGAAAGUGCAGUCGGGAUUUCAGGAAAGUGAAAUACUCAAAUACUUCACGACCAAAGAAGACUUGGAGCCUUUGGCAGACAAUUGUACCAAAGUCUACGUCUGGCACACUCGCACACAGAAACCUUCCAUACUCAACACUAAGAAGCUCAAACAUCCAAUCACGCCGUACGACGAAAAUAUCGAAGUCUGAACGGGUACGUAACAGCUAGUCGGUUGACAAAAAAACUUAUACAAACUAAACUUAGCGUUGAACGAAACGCAACGUGAAGUAAGACCAUUGACAAAGAGAAUAGACUGAGCAUUAUUUUAUCUGUAUGGAAAUUGAUUGAUCUGUAGAAAGAGAAAGCGAUAUCGAUAUCGACUAUUAAUGGAUAGAAAGUGUGAAAGAUACCAAGCAAUUCGGAUUUAUCUGACAGCUGGUUAAGGAAUACUCAGUCCAUUCUCUCUAUGUCUACGGUAAGACUCAAACCCCGAAAUUGUGACGUCAAAAUUUUGUCUUCUAAGGGGAUUCGGUCAUCAAAAAUUGCAUUAACAGAUUUGUUUUUAUAAAUUUUUUGCUCAAAAAGCGUUCUUGUCAUAAAUAAUUCGAAUCGCUUCCGAACGCAACCAAACUGAAGGUAUUUUAGUUUUACUUUACCUUUGUUAAUAAUUUAUUGUAUUUAAUUAUGGAUUAAUUAUUAAUGCUGUCUCUUUUUAAUACUCAAUUAGUAUAAAUGUAGGCAAUAAAUUCAAAUACACGAAAUAUACAAUAAGUGAAAAUUGGCUAUACUAUCCAAGUGACUUAAGAAUAGAAAUAGUAUGUAAAGAUAAGUGAAUAUCCUUAAACAAAAAAAACAUAUAUAUAUAUAUUAAUGUAUAUAUUAUUAAAAAUGUAUUGCGUUUUGUAUUUAGUCACGAAUAUUCCGAGAUUUUUUAAUAGCCUUUUAUGACCAUUUCAGUAUGUUACCCCAGUGUAUUAUGUUUUAAAAUAUCAAAAUACUUAAAUAUAUAUCUCGCGUAGCUAAAUAUUAUAAUAAAUAUAUCAAAUGCAAUAAUUUUAUGCUUAAUAUUGCAAUAUUUUAAAUUAUUAUGACCUAACAAUAAUAAUAAUCUAGCCAGUUACAAAAUUCAACAUCAACUUGACUAAUAUGGAUUCAUAGUACUUGACUGUUAUAUGAACGAAGUACAGUGAAGAACACGUUAGUGGUGACAAUUUGACAUUGUCAACAUCCUUAUUACAUAGCAUUAAGAGUGAUAUUCGUAAAAUAGGUGUGUUUAAUAUCAUGAACAAAACUGUACUUACACCUUAUUGCAACCAAGUCUUUCAGAAACAUUUGUUUGUUUCAAAUAAAUGCAUAGUUUAAAAGUGUGCGAUGAUCGACAAAUCGCUGAAUCUCUUUAUAAAAUAUAAUAUUUUUACUAAGAAUGCGAUCCUGGCAGCCAAGAAAUUGACACUCUUAUGGAGACAGAGUAAAAUACACUUAAGAUCUAGUAACAAAAAAAGGUCAAAAAAUAAACUCGUAUUUCUGCCUCCAUAAGGAACUGACGUUAUCUACCAGAAUCGUAUUCUUUCGUUAUCCGCACUGUAUGUGAUUGUAUGAAAUCGUAUGUAUAUGUUAAAUCUUUAAUAACCUUUUCGUUACCGGAAACAGCUAAUAAAUUCGACCAUGAUGUGCAAGUAUAUGAGUUGUACGUUAUAGAUCAAUUACAAAAGUAAUUGAACGAGUAGAGCAUUUAUGCAUAUUUAAUAGAUAGAAGCUACGUCAUGUAUACGACUGCUCUGUACUCUUGCACUUGAAAUAUAGGUCUUAUUGCUACGUAACAAAGGCGCUGUCAAAGUCAAAUUAUGUCAACUAAAGCAACCUUGACUGUUCUAUGUAGUACGAAAUUUAACAAGCGAAUUUUUUUACAGUCACUUUAAAUAAAUCAAUCACCAGUUAAUGCUUUAAACGUUUUCAAAUGUUUGUGUGGAAUGUUCGCAAUUUAUUUUGAACUUUAUUUUUAAUGAGUUUAAAGUUCAGUUGGUUGUUAAUACUUUAUAUAACCUAUAUUUAUGUAUGGGCUGGCUGUAGUUAAUGGUAAUCGACUUGAUUGAUAGUAACGCUUUUUAUUUUGAAACAAAUCAAAAGUUUAUAUUUUGAUCAAAUAAUGUCUUUAGUCACGGCAAUAAACUAUUACACUGUAGCCAUACAAUAAGAAUUCGUCACAACGAUUAGUUAUAACAAUAACUUCCAUAUGGUAACUAUACUUAUUAAAAUUAAUGAUUCGCUUAUAUGUGACAUUUAAUACUAUUACUUAAUAAUUACUAUCGAACAAUUCAGAUAUCUUACAUAAUAUAGACAUGCCUUUUAACUACUAAAAUAAUGUAUAAUUACAACCAUAUCUAUGCGCAUGGAUUUAAUAAAGACAAAUAAAUAGACAGCUAGAGAGACUUAUAAACUAAACCUUAUCGCAGUUAUGGAAUAAGGUUGCAUCUUCGAAGCACACAAAACUUAAGUAUUUUCCAGCAUGGAAAAUUGCAAUCACUUGUUAUUAUAUUCUAGAAACAACAUAUAGCCUAACGCACCUCCAUGUAGCGUCCCACUAAUUAAUAUAAUUCGUGAAAGGGACUUGUCAAAGAGUGUAGGAAAUUAGGAAUCAUUGCACCGCAAAAAUUCUCUAUUCUACUGCAUCGUAACAAAAUACACUGGUAUUUUGAUUAGUUUGGAACAAAUAUUAAUUUUAAAGUGUUUUUGAAUACCAUUUUGCAGACCAGCUUAAUGUGAAUGAUUGACAUUUAAACAGCUGCACAGGCUAUCUUACCUUAUAGGCCCCACUUACAAUUAACAUCCAGUGAAGUAAAGAUAUUUAAUAAGAGCUAUUUAUAUAAAAAACAAACAGCUCACUAUUUCCUAUAUAAAUGAGAAUACGAACAAAAUAUUCUUAGAAUUCAUGAAAUAAACUAAUCAAAUAUCCAACCAUACAUUGCCUUACAUAUUUUGUGAUGUUGCAAACGUGUUGUGUCACAAACAAAACAUUUCGUUUACAAGAAUUUUGUAAAUGAAAUUCAGUUACCAAAUAACAUAGCGACAAUUAUGGUCAUAUAUGAGUUAUCUAAAUCCUAUAUACUUGAAGUAUUCCAAUAUACGAGUAAUAACGUACUAAUGAUCAAUUUAGUUGGAU